GUUCUUUCCAGCAAACGACCUUUUUCUAUCAGGUUUCCAGCAGAACGAACGCGGAAAUAGAGGAAAUAACAAAGCUUUGAUCCUACGCAAAUCAUUCUCUUCCUCGAAGUCUACUGUUGUUGUGAUACGGAUAGGAAUCAUCGGUUUUGAGAUUAUGGAUAAAGUGAAGAGUAUGUUAAAACCUAAGCCAAAUCCACAGCAGCAAUUGAGAGAUUGGCAGAGAAAGCUCCGCCAAGAAUGCCGCAACAUUGAACGGCAGAUCAGAGAUGUCCAGAGAGAAGAGAAAAAUGUACAGAAAUCGAUUAAAGAAGCUGCUAAGAGAAAUGACAUGGGCUCUGCCAAGGCACUUGCUAAGGAAAUUUUAAUGUCAAGAAAAGCUGUGAACCGUCUUUAUGAGAAUAAGGCUCAACUGAAUUCAAUAUCAAUGCAUCUUGGCGAAAGUGUUGCAAUUGCCCGUACUGUGGGUCAUCUACAGAAGAGUGCGGAGGUCAUGAAACUUGUCAAUAACCUUAUGAAAGCUCCAGAAGUGGCUGCCACAAUGCGGGAAUUUAGCAAAGAAAUGGUUAAGGCUGGGGUUAUUGAAGAAAUAGUGAAUGACUCUCUUGACACAGCAUUGGAUUCGGAUGACAUAGAAGAGGAAAUUGAAGAAGAAGUUGAUAAGGUCCUGACAGAAAUAGCCGGUGAGACAGCUGCACAGCUUCCAGAAGCUGUCAGGAAGGAGAGAGUGAGGAUGCCUGCCCAGCAAGCAAGCACCUCGCAUGAAGAAGAAGCAAUUGCAGAGGGUGCAGAUGAUGAGGAAUUAGAAGAACUAAGGGCAAGGCUUGAUAAAGUGAGGUCAUAGUUUCAUACAUUUUUCUGAACUGGUUGUCUCCUCUGUAAUAAGGAAAAUUGAGUUUUGCAUUGACGUGGGUUCGAGCCCAUUCUUUUUGAGAUUGUAAGUCUUCUAAUUCGGGAUACCUUGAUUUGAACAAAAAGAUAUAACGUCUUAUAAGCGAAUGUGUAUAAUAUUAAGAUCUGUUGCUUUUGGUUAUGCAAUAAAACUAUGUAUGCUAAUUGAUAUGUA